AGUGCUUUCGACUACAGUGAUGGUCAAAGAACGCCAGUUUUGGGAUUAUUAAAAUAUACAAGAAAUAUGGCAUGUGCAGCCGAAGCACAAAGCACCGGAUUGACUCUAAGUGAAAUAAGUUUGAUGACACCACAAACAAAGUUAAAAACUUUUUGUAGCUCCUUCCCUGCUGUCAAGCCUAAAAUGGGCAUUCUGCCAAAUCCGGAGAUUGCUAAACUGAUUUGCGGAGCUUGCCAAACAUUCGUGAAAGUCUUUCCCCAGUUGCAGGGGUUUAACAAAUGUGCAAGUCGCAACCAGGAAGCUUCUCUUGAUGACUCAAAGCACAUCAUCAGAGGACUGGAUGCUGAACUCAACAGAGUGGUGCAGUUUAAGAAGUUCUACCAGAUGUCUGAAAAGAUAAAAAAUAAAGGAAGUAUGGAAGAACAGCAAUAUUAUAUUUUGCAUUGGGCUGAAGAGUUAGAGACUAUACAGAAAAAUCAAAAGGAAGAUACAUUGUUACCUGAAAAGAAACUUACACCUUCUGAAAAGACCAGAUUGGAGAGUGAAAUUAAAUGGAAAAAAGCUAAAGAAAUCUUGUCUGACUGGACUUGGAAAAUGAAAGAAAUGAAAGAGAACUCAGUGUGUCCAAAAAGAGAAUAUAAAGAAACACUUAAGGAUCUUUACAAACAGUGCAAGCAGGGAGAGUGCAGCAUACUUCCGGUAAUGGAUUGGAUGAUGUGGACUGUACUACAGUCAGAAAACUGUGAGGAAUCCUCUCCCAGAAUGUGGAUGAAGAAACAGAAAUCCAAAAAUACAGUUGGAUUACCCGUUCCCAACUCAGUUUGGAAUUGGAUCACAAAGUCAACAGCUUCUGUAGUUCUGGAUCCAAAUACAGCCAACCCAGAUCUCCAGGUCUCUGAAAACAGAAAAUCUGUGAUAGCAAGUAACUACAACUCUGACAUCAAUCAUUGGGAUGGGUUUGAAAGGAAGUGUUCUAGAUAUGAUGGCUGGACUUGUGUUCAAGCUGAAGAGGGUUACAACACAGGUCGUCAUUACUGGGAGGUAAAUGUAAGGAAGAAACGUGAGUGGCGGGUGGGAGUUGUAAAGGAAUCAGCUCCCCGGAAUGGAUAUGUUACUAUGACCACAAAAGAAGGUUACUGGAAUCUGCGUCUGCAACUUGGGACUGUAAUGGCUCUGACUGCACCUGUCACUAAACUCUACCUGCCAACACCCUCAAGAUUAGGGGUUUAUCUGGACAUAGAUGAGGGUCAGGUCUCCUUCUAUGAUGCAGAAAAACGAAGACAUAUUUACACAUUUAUCACAGAUUUUAGUGGGACUGAAAACAUUUACCCAAUGUUUGGCACCAUUGAGACAGACAGAGAGUUGGUGAUUUUAUAGGCACAGCCUACAUCCAAACACAGGCCAUUUUGGAUGGGAACUCUGCAUCUUCUUUAAAUUUACUCUCCUGACUCUGUACCCAGAUUUCUAGUGCUGUGUAUAACCAUUGACAUAGUAGUUUGUACUAAAAUGUUUUCCCUGGAAAGAUGAUGAUAGCAAUUGAAAAAAAAAUUGUUGUAUAAUUCUUCUGUUAAUUCAUUAAAACUCUUCA